GAAAUGCAUUUAGAUUGAAUAAUAAAGUCAAACUUGGUUAUACCAGGUUAUAUCAUACCCGGUUUCAUACCCAACCAAAUAAGGCUAUAGGGUAUGGGUACCGUCCCCCAUUCCGUCGAGCUCCGGCGAUGCCGGCAGACCACGCCGCCCCCCUCCCGUCCCGUCCUCAGCGGCAGCAUCUGGACGUUGGCGACGAUCCAAUCUGCCGUAUACACUCAGGAUUAGAUCCAGUUUCUGUUACUGAGCUUAUCCAGGAGGAAGACCUGAAUUCUAUUUUGAAGAGGGAGCAUCCUGUGCUUGGGACCGAUGAGUUAAAUGCAUAUUUGAACAAGUAUCAGUUAGAGCUUGAACCACAACUUGAAGCUCUUGUUGGAAGGCAUAGCAGGAAACUGUGGUCCAAAUUUAUGAAUGCAGAUAAUCAGCAUUUAGCAUCUCCAGAGGCCAUUGACUUUCUGGAUAAACUUCUUCGCUAUGAUCACCAGGACAGGCUCACAGCAAAAGAAGCAAUGGCACACCCUUUCUUCAUGCAAGUGCGGGCUGCAGAAAACAGCAGGAUGCAGACACAGUAAUCGGGCACAGACAAAUGUUAUAGAACGACCUUGAUACACCCGUUGUGUUUAGAUGACCCUAUCAGUAAUAAGACUCGUAUUCUGUCGUUUCUCGUUUGAUUUAUAUUUUCCUAAAUCAUAACUGUCAUACUGUUAUGUUGGUCAAAUUGAUGUUAUUUAGCCGUC